UGUGACCCGAGGUGCCACACUUUCGGGGGCAGAGAGCCCAAGGCCAGCGCUGAGACCCGAGUCUCCAGAUCCCUGCAGGGUCCCCCCUGCGGGCUCCCACCAUGGACGUCAAGGACCGGCGCCACCGCUCCCUGACCCGGGGACGCUGCGGCAAAGAGUGUCGCUACACCAGCUCCUCCCUGGACAGCGAGGACUGCCGUGUGCCUACGCAGAAGUCCUACAGCUCCAGUGAGACUCUCAAGGCCUAUGACCACGAGAGCAGGAUGCACUAUGGAAACAGAGUCACAGACCUGGUGCACCGAGAGUCCGACGAAUUCCCCAGACAAGGAACCAACUUCACCCUCGCGGAGCUGGGCAUCUGCGAGCCAUCCCCACACCGCAGCGGCUACUGCUCGGACAUGGGGAUCCUGCAGCAAGGGUACUCCCUGAGCACUGGCUCCGACGCAGACUCGGACACGGAGGGAGGGAUGUCUCCGGAACACGCCAUCCGGCUUUGGGGGCGAGGGCUCAAGUCCAGACGCAGCUCUGGCCUGUCCAGCCGUGAGAACUCGGCCCUGACCUUGACUGACUCCGACAACGAGAAUAAAUCCGACGACGAGACUGUUGUGCCGGGAUCUCCCCUCAGUUCCUGCCCCAACUCCCCACUCUACCCUACCAAGUCUCUCCAACACGGUCGUCCCAUUCCACCUACAUCCUCGUCUAGCCUCCUCCCAUCUGCUCAGCUGCCUAGCUCCCAUAAUCCUCCACCAGUUAGCUGCCAGAUGCCAUUGCUAGACAGCAACACUUCCCACCAAAUCAUGGAUACCAACCCUGAUGAGGAGUUCUCCCCCAAUUCAUACCUGCUCAGAGCAUGCUCGGGGCCCCAGCAAGCCUCCAGCAGUGGCCCUCCAAACCACCACAGCCAGUCAACUCUGAGGCCACCUCUGCCACCUCCUCACAACCACACUCUGUCCCAUCACCACUCUUCCGUCAACUCCCUCAACAGGAACUCACUGACCAACCGUCGGAGCCAGAUCCAUGCCCCACCACCUGCCCCCAAUGACCUGGCCACCACACCUGAGUCCGUCCAGCUCCAGGACAGCUGGGUGCUAAAUAGCAACGUACCCCUGGAGACCAGGCAUUUUCUCUUUAAGACCUCCUCGGGAAGCACACCCCUAUUUAGCAGCUCUUCUCCGGGCUACCCUUUGACCUCAGGAACCGUUUACACGCCUCCACCCCGCCUGCUGCCCCGCAACACCUUCUCCCGAAAAGCCUUCAAGCUGAAGAAGCCGUCCAAAUACUGCAGCUGGAAAUGUGCCGCCCUGUCCGCCAUCGCAGCCGCGCUGCUCCUGGCCAUCCUGCUGGCCUAUUUCAUAGCAAUGCAUCUGCUCGGACUCAAUUGGCAACUGCAGCCGGCAGAUGGACACACCUUUAACAAUGGGAUAAGAACCGGCUUACCAGGCACCGAGGAUGGGGCAACAAUGCCAUCUGGAGGCAAAGUGCCCUGGUCAAUGAGAAACAGCAGCAUAGACAGCGGCGAGGCAGAAGUUGGCCGGAGAAUCACUCAGGAAGUUCCCCCAGGCGUGUUUUGGAGGUCCCAGAUCCACAUUGGACAGCCCCAGUUCUUAAAGUUCAAUGUCUCACUCGGGAAGGAUGCACUCUUUGGGGUCUACAUCCGGCGGGGACUGCCACCUUCACAUGCUCAGUAUGACUUCAUGGAGCGCCUGGAUGGCAAGGAGAAGUGGAGUGUGGUGGAGUCCCCACGUGAGCGCAGAAGUAUCCAGACACUGGUCCAGAAUGAAGCCGUGUUUGUGCAGUACCUGGACAUGGGGCUAUGGCACCUGGCCUUCUACAAUGAUGGCAAAGACAAGGAGACAGUGUCCUUCAGCACCGUAGUCUUAGAUUCAGUACAGGACUGUCCCCGGAAUUGCCAUGGAAAUGGCGAGUGUGUGUCAGGGCUGUGCCACUGUUUUCCUGGUUUCCUUGGAGCAGACUGUGCUAAAGCAGCCUGCCCUGUGCUGUGCAGCGGAAAUGGACAAUACUCAAAAGGCUCAUGCCAGUGCUACAGCGGCUGGAAGGGGGCUGAGUGUGAUGUGCCCAUGAACCAGUGCAUUGACCCCGCCUGUGGAGGCCACGGCUCAUGCAUCGAUGGAAAUUGUGUCUGCUCCACGGGCUACAAGGGUGAUCACUGUGAGGAAGUGGAUUGUUUGGACCCAACAUGCUCCAGCCAUGGAGUGUGUGUCAAUGGAGAAUGCCUCUGCAGCCCCGGCUGGGGAGGGCUCAACUGCGAGCUGGCAAGGGUACAGUGCCCAGACCAGUGCAGUGGCCAUGGCACCUACCUCCCAGAUACAGGGCUCUGUACCUGUGACCCCAACUGGAUGGGCCCUGACUGCUCUGUUGAAGUGUGCUCAGUAGACUGUGGCACUCACGGCGUCUGCAUCGGGAGAGCCUGCCGCUGUGAAGAGGGCUGGACAGGCGCCGCCUGCGACCAGCGCGUAUGCCACCCCCGCUGCACUGAGCACGGGACCUGUAGAGAUGGCAAAUGUGAAUGUCGAGAGGGCUGGAAUGGUGAACACUGCACCAUUGGUAGGCAAACGGCAGGCACCGAAACAGAUGGCUGUCCCGAUCUGUGCAGCGGCAACGGGAGAUGCACGCUGGGUCCGAGCAGCUGGCAGUGUGUCUGCCAGACCGGCUGGAGGGGGCCUGGAUGCAACGUCGCCAUGGAAACCUCCUGCGCUGACAACAAGGAUAAUGAGGGAGAUGGCCUUGUGGAUUGUCUGGAUCCUGACUGCUGCCUUCAGUCUGCCUGCCAGAACAGCGUGCUAUGUCGGGGGGCCCGGGACCCCCUGGACAUCAUCCAGCAGGGCCAGACGGACUCACCUGCAGUGAAAUCCUUCUAUGACCGCAUCAAGCUCUUGGCAGGAAAAGAUAGCACCCACAUCAUUCCAGGAGAAAAUCCCUUCAACAGCAGCCUGGUUUCUCUCAUCCGUGGCCAAGUGGUGACGGCAGAUGGGACCCCUCUUGUGGGUGUGAAUGUGUCUUUUGUCAAGUACCCCAAAUACGGCUAUACCAUCACUCGGCAGGAUGGCACGUUUGACCUCAUUGCCAAUGGGGGUGCCGCUCUGACCCUGCACUUUGAGCGCGCCCCAUUCAUGAGCCAAGAGCGCACAGUCUGGUUGCCUUGGAACAGCUUCUAUGCCAUGGACACACUGGUGAUGAAGACGGAGGAGAAUUCUAUUCCCAGCUGUGACCUCAGUGGCUUCGUCCGACCGGACCCCAUCAUCAUAGCAUCCCCCCUGUCUACCUUCUUCAGCGCUGCACCUGCACAGAACCCCAUCAUUCCAGAGACCCAGGUCCUGCAUGAAGAAAUUGAGCUCCCAGCUUCCACAGUGAAGCUUCGCUACCUGAGCUCACGGACAGCUGGCUAUAAGUCACUGCUGAAGAUCACCAUGACACAGUCCACAGUCCCCCUGAACCUCAUCAAAGUCCACCUAAUGGUGGCCGUGGAGGGGCAUCUCUUCCAGAAGUCCUUCCAGGCCUCACCCAACCUGGCCUAUACCUUCAUCUGGGACAAGACAGAUGCCUACGGCCAACGGGUAUAUGGGCUCUCAGAUGCUGUGGUGUCCGUUGGCUUCGAGUAUGAGACGUGUCCCAGCCUGAUUCUUUGGGAGAAAAGGACUGCCCUCCUGCAAGGCUUCGAGCUGGACCCUUCCAACCUUGGUGGCUGGUCCCUGGACAAGCAUCACAUCCUCAAUAUCAAAAGUGGAAUCCUGCACAAAGGCACGGGAGAGAACCAGUUCCUGACACAGCAGCCAGCCAUCAUCACCAGCAUCAUGGGCAAUGGCCGACGACGCAGCAUCUCCUGUCCCAGCUGCAACGGACUGGCUGAGGGCAAUAAGCUGUUGGCCCCCGUGGCACUAGCCUUGGGGGUGGAUGGGAGCCUCUUCGUGGGGGACUUCAACUACAUCCGGCGCAUCUUUCCCUCCCGAAACGUGACCAGCAUCCUGGAGUUACGAAAUAAAGAGUUUAAACAUAGCAACAACCCAGCACACAAGUACUACCUGGCAGUGGACCCUGUGUCUGGCUCCCUCUUCGUGUCUGACACCAACAGUCGCCGCAUCUUCCGGGUCAAGGCUCUGAGCGGUGCCAAGGACCUGGCAGGGAAUUCUGAAGUGGUGGCAGGCACUGGCGAACAAUGUCUGCCCUUUGAUGAGGCCCGAUGUGGGGAUGGAGGCAAGGCUGUGGAUGCCACACUGAUGAGCCCCCGAGGCAUUGCAGUGGACAAGAAUGGACUCAUGUACUUUGUGGAUGCCACCAUGAUUCGAAAGGUGGACCAGAAUGGUGUCAUCUCUACCCUGCUGGGCUCCAACGACCUCACAGCUGUGCGCCCCCUGAGCUGCGACUCCAGCAUGGAUGUGGCCCAGGUGCGCCUGGAGUGGCCCACGGACCUUGCCAUCAACCCCAUGGACAACUCCCUGUAUGUGCUGGAGAACAACGUUGUCCUGCGCAUCACCGAGAACCACCAGGUGAGCAUCAUUGCAGGCCGCCCCAUGCACUGCCAGGUGCCCGGCAUUGACUACUCGCUCAGCAAACUCGCCAUCCACUCAGCCCUGGAGUCGGCCAGUGCCAUCGCCAUCUCCCACACGGGCAUCCUCUACAUCACCGAGACGGAUGAGAAGAAGAUCAACCGGCUGCGCCAAGUCACCACCAAUGGCGAGAUCUGCCUCUUGGCAGGGGCUCCCUCGGACUGUGACUGCAAGAACGAUGUCAACUGCAACUGCUACUCGGGCGAUGAGGCCUAUGCCACAGACGCCAUCCUAAAUGCACCAUCAUCGCUAGCUGUGGCCCCUGAUGGCACCAUCUACAUCGCAGACCUGGGAAACAUCCGGAUUCGGGCGGUGAGCAAGAAUAAGCCAGUUCUGAAUGCUUUUAACCAGUACGAGGCUGCCUCACCAGGCGAGCAGGAGCUGUACAUCUUCAAUGCUGAUGGUGUCCACCAAUACACCAUGAGCUUGGUGACGGGUGAAUAUCUGUACAACUUUACCUACAGUGCAGACAACGAUGUCACUGAGUUGAUCGACAACAAUGGCAAUUCACUUAAGAUCCGACGGGACAACAAUGGGCUGCCUCGCCAUCUGCUCAUGCCCGACAACCAGGUUAUCACUCUCACCAUUGGGGCCAAUGGUGGCCUCAAGGUCGUGGCCACACAGAAUUUGGAGCUGGGCCACAUGACCUACGAUGGCAGUUCUGGCCUCCUUGCCACCAAGAGCGAUGAAACUGGAUGGACAACUUUUUAUGACUAUGACCCCGAGGGACGCCUGAGCAACGUGACACGGCCCACAGGCGUGGUGACCAGCCUGCACCGGGAGAUGGAGCGUGCCAUCACCAUCGACAUUGAGAACUCCAACCGUGAUGAUGAUGUCACCGUCAUUACCAACCUGUCUUCAGUGGAAGCAUCAUACACUGUGGUACAAGAUCAAGUGCGGAACAGCUACCAGCUGUGCAGUAAUGGAACUUUGCGGGUGCUGUAUGCUAACGGCAUGGCUGUGAGCUUCCACAGUGAGCCCCACGUUCUGGCUGGCACAGUCACCCCCACCAUCGGCCGCUGCAACAUUUCACUGCCCAUGGAGAAUGGCCUCAACUCCAUCGAGUGGCGUCUGCGGAAGGAACAGAUCAAAGGCAAAGUGACCAUCUUUGGACGGAAACUUCGGGUCCACGGGAGAAAUCUCUUAUCCAUUGACUAUGACCGGAACAUUCGCACAGAGAAGAUCUAUGAUGAUCACCGCAAGUUCACCCUGAGGAUCAUUUAUGACCAGGUGGGCCGGCCCUUUCUCUGGCUGCCUAGCAGUGGGCUGGCUGCUGUCAAUGUCUCCUACUUCUUCAACGGGCGCCUGGCAGGGCUGCAGCGUGGUGCCAUGAGCGAGAGAACAGACAUCGACAAGCAGGGUCGCAUAGUGUCCCGCAUGUUCGCUGAUGGCAAGGUCUGGAGCUACUCCUACCUGGACAAGUCCAUGGUCCUCCUUCUGCAGAGCCAACGCCAAUACAUCUUCGAGUACGACGCAUCCGACCGCCUCCUCGCUGUCACCAUGCCCAGCGUGGCCCGGCACAGCAUGUCCACACACACGUCUAUUGGCUACAUCCGUAAUAUCUACACCCCGCCUGAGAGCAAUGCUUCGGUAAUCUUUGACUACAGUGACGAUGGGCGCAUCCUGAAGACAUCGUUUCUGGGUACUGGGCGCCAGGUGUUCUACAAGUAUGGGAAGCUGUCCAAGCUGGCAGAAAUGGUCUACGACAGCACUGCGGUCACCUUUGGGUAUGAUGAGACCACAGGCGUGCUCAAGAUGGUCAACCUGCAGAGCGGUGGCUUUUCUUGCACCAUCCGCUACAGGAAGGUGGGCCCACUGGUGGACAAGCAGAUCUACCGCUUCUCUGAGGAGGGCAUGGUCAAUGCCAGGUUCGACUACACCUACCAUGGCAAUAGCUUCCGCAUCGCCAGCAUCAAGCCAGUCAUCAGCGAGACGCCACUGCCGGUCGACCUCUACCGCUAUGAUGAGAUCUCGGGUAAGGUGGAACACUUCGGCAAGUUCGGUGUCAUCUACUAUGACAUCAACCAGAUCAUCACCACGGCCGUGAUGACACUGAGCAAGCACUUCGACACGCACGGCCGCAUCAAGGAGGUGCAAUAUGAGAUGUUCCGCUCACUCAUGUAUUGGAUGACAGUACAGUAUGACAGUAUGGGCCGAGUGAUCAAGAGGGAACUGAAGCUAGGGCCCUAUGCCAACACCACCAAAUAUACCUAUGACUAUGAUGGUGACGGGCAACUGCAGAGUGUGGCUGUCAAUGACCGGCCCACCUGGCGCUACAGCUAUGACCUCAAUGGGAACUUACACUUGCUCAAUGCGGGCAACAGUGUGCGUCUCACCCCGCUGCGUUAUGACCUGAGGGACCGCAUCACUCGGCUGGGUGACGUGCAAUACAAGGUGGACGAUGAUGGCUUCCUAUGCCAACGGGGUGCUGACAUCUUUGAGUAUAAUUCCAAGGGUCUGCUCACACGGGCAUACAAUAAAGCCAGUGGCUGGAGUGUGCAGUACCGCUAUGACGGCGUGGGCCGGCGUGCUUCCUACAAGACCAACCUGGGCCACCACCUGCAGUAUUUCUACUCGGACCUACACAACCCCACGCGCAUCACCCAUGUGUACAACCACUCCAACUCGGAGAUCACUUCACUCUACUACGACCUCCAGGGCCACCUCUUUGCCAUGGAGAGCAGCAGCGGCGAGGAGUAUUAUGUGGCCUCGGACAACACAGGCACACCCCUGGCUGUGUUCAGCAUCAAUGGCCUUAUGAUCAAGCAAUUACAGUACACGGCCUAUGGGGAAAUCUACCACGACUCCAACCCCGACUUCCAGAUGGUCAUCGGCUUCCAUGGGGGGCUCUAUGACCCCCUGACCAAGCUUGUCCACUUCACGCAGCGUGACUAUGAUGUGCUGGCCGGUCGCUGGACCUCUCCCGACUACACCAUGUGGAAGAACGUGGGCAAAGAGCCUGCCCCUUUUAACCUGUACAUGUUCAAAAGCAACAACCCGCUCAGCAAUGAGCUGGACCUGAAGAACUAUGUGACAGAUGUGAAAAGCUGGCUGGUGAUGUUUGGGUUCCAACUGAGCAACAUUAUUCCUGGUUUCCCAAGAGCCAAGAUGUACUUUGUCCCACCUCCCUACGAGCUUUCCGAGAGCCAAGCAAGUGAGGAUGGGCAGCUCAUCACAGGGGUCCAGCAGACCACAGCGAGGCAUAACCAGGCCUUCCUCGCUCUGGAGGGCCAGAUCAUCACCAAGAGGCUGCAUGCCAGCGUCCGUGAGAAAGCUGGCCACUGGUUCGCCACCACCACACCCAUCAUCGGCAAGGGCAUCAUGUUCGCCAUCAAGGAAGGCCGGGUGACCACGGGCAUGUCCAGCGUGGCCAGCGAGGACAGCCGUAAGGUGGCCUCGGUGCUCAACAAUGCCUACUACCUAGAACGGAUGCACUACAGCAUCGAAGGCAAGGACACCCACUACUUUGUGAAGAUCGGCUCGGCCGACGCUGACCUGCUCACGCUGGGCACCACCAUCGGCCGCAAGGUGCUGGAGAGCGGGGUGAAUGUGACCGUGUCUCAGCCCACGCUGCUGGUCAACGGCAGGACUCGAAGGUUCACCCACAUCGAGUUCCAGCAUGCCACGCUGCUGCUCAGUGUCCGCUACGGCCUCAGCCCCGACACGGUGGACGAAGAGAAGGCGCGUGUCCUGGACCAGGCCCGCCAAAGGGCGCUGGGCACCGCCUGGCUCAAGGAGCAGCAGAGAGCCAGGGACGGGCGAGAGGGCAGCCGCCUGUGGACAGAGGGCGAGAAGCAGCAGCUUCUGGGUGCGGGCCGGGUGCCAGGCUACGAGGGCUAUUACGUGCUGCCCGUGGAGCAGUACCCGGAGCUGGCAGACAGCAGUAGCAACAUCCAGUUCUUAAGACAGAAUGAAAUGGGCAAGAGGUAACAGCAUCGCCCUGCUGCCACCCCGUACCUGGGUGGCUGAGCGCCAGUAAACUGUCCCCUCCUCUCCUAAGGAGACGAGGGCAUAGCAGGGAGCCUGGCCGAGGCGGGGUUGUGCCAGGGGUACCCAAGGGCAGACAAAGCUCACAUUUUUUGAGUUCCAAUGCCACCGUCCUAGCAAGAUGUUUCCGCCUCCUGAAGCCGACUUCGAAAAGAAAAUAAACAACAGCAACAACAACAAAAAAUAAACCAACAACAAAACCCGGAUGAAAAUUCCCCCUAGGAAAAACCCAAAAGAAUGAAUGCGCCUCACUGCGGGUCCCCCCUCUCCCCCCAACACAC